CAUGUGCCCUAUCUUGUCCUCGUCACAGUGAAGUGUCAGAUAAAGGACAUCUCCAAGAUUGAGGGCGAGGCCACAAUCAACAACAGAAAAAAGAAGUUAAUCUACUUUUAUGAGUGGGAAUUAGAACUGGAAUGGAAAGGCGGCCUUGAGGAGAGUAAAACAAGUUUUACUGGCAAGGCAGAAAUACCCAACCUGAGUGAAGAGAAUGAUAUUGAGGACAUAGAUGUAAAUGUUUCUGUGAAGUCUAAUUCAGACGAGGCCCACAAAGUCAAGGAAGUCGUCAGGAAAAAGGGUUCAGACAUCAUCAGAGAAAGGCUCGGCCAGUACAUUAAAGAUUUAAAAACAGAAUUUUCCCAGAACUUAAUUCUUCCCUCCAAAGAUCAGAAAAAAUCUCCAACAGCAACAGAAAAGAAGCCGGUGGUCAAAAAGGAUAUGAGCGCACUGCCAGUUGUCAGUAAAGCAGCACCAAAGGAGCAGAACAUAGGUGUGAAGAUCAAUACACUCACGUACAAGUACCAGGAGGACUUCCUCUGCCCACCUGACGAGCUGUACACCACCCUGACAGACGUGGUGAGAGUGCAGGCCUGGACACACAGUCCUGCAGAGAUGGAGACAGAAAAAGGCGGCCCUUUUGUACUCUUCAACGGCAUGGUGGAGGGGAUCUUUGAUGAGCUGUCCUUCCCUAACAAAAUUGUGAUGAGGUGGAGGUUCAAGUCAUGGCCACCAGCACACUACUCUGUGGUGACCGUGCAGCUGAUAGACAAGCAUGACCACACCGUGAUGAGGCUGACCCAGACUGGAAUCCCGGACAGCGACUUUGACAGAACAAAGGCUGGCUGGAGACAGUACUACUGGGUCCCCAUCAAGGACACGUUCGGGUUUGGGGCCAGGGUGGGAAGCCUUUGACGUCCGAAUUUGCAAUUGGAAGUAGGAGUAGUGUGAAAGUCUGCCUUCAAACUGUAGUCAGUGACUGUGGAAAGAACAACUUCACUCCAUCAUAUUCAUUAGCUGUGACCAAACAACUCUGGCAUUGUGAAGUUUAGCAGGAAUAUCUCAACAUACAGGAAUGAUAUCCCAUCAGGUAUUGAUAUUGAAUAAGAAGACACUCCUCUGUGGUGUGCCCAUGUCUUCUGUAAGAAUGCUUGCCAGUAGGAUUGUUAGUGUGCCCCACAUCUCUU